CUCCGACUCCAAACACUUUGAGAGGGAGAAAACCAGAGGUCACUGAUAAGAGAAAGCAAAAAAACGCAUAUCUGAGAGGCUCAGCAGAGAGACAAAUCAGAGAAGGGUACUAUCACUCAAGGAGAGAGGAGACAACACCGCGAGCAUUGAAGAAAGCUGUCUGGAGGACGCCACGUGUGUGUGUGCAUAUGUAUGUUGAGACAGGCAUAGGUAGAUUCCAGGGAUAUUUGUGAGACUGACAGAGGACGAAAGCAGAUCAUGGAUCCCUCGAGUCCCUCAGAGGGCCCCGUGGAACACAAAGAAAGAAGGAAAAUCCAGUUCGCCGUCCAAGCAACAGAACCGACUCAGCUGGACCCUCGGCAGGUUGAGAUGAUUCGCCGAAGAAGACCCACACCUGCCACGUUGUUCAAAGUAGCAGACCAAACAUCUCCUGAGGAUGACAUCUCCAGCCAUCAGUGGGUUGUUGGAGAAAAUGGAGUCCUCAAGCCAAAACGAAUCAACCCAAACAUCUACCAGCCACCAUCAUUAAAAGCCGUGCAGCAGAUGGCUGAAGCUCAAAUGCUGAAAUUAGGUGUGUAUCCUCAUGUAGAGGAGGAAGGGGAGGAGCCUAUUCAGAGAGAGAGGGAAGAGCUAUCCUCAUCCUGCACACCUGAUUCACAGGAGCAAAGGGGCAUGGCAGAAAACCAGUCUGGCAUAAGAAAGGCAGGAGCCACAGCACCUACUGAGGAAGAAGUGGAGGAAGAGGAGGAGGAAGAAGAAGAAGAGGAGGAGGAAGUAGAAGCAGCAGACAAUAUGGCAGUGGGGGAGAGCAGAAAUGUGGACUGAUAGAGCAAAAGUUUGAGGAACUUUAGAGAUUUUUUCAUAAUGCAGAAUUUUAUUUUGAAAUCAGAACUGUUUAUUGAUGAUUCAAUGAUUCCAUCAUUUGAUAACAGCUGUCUGUUUGUAUUUUGGGAGAAAACGAGACUUAAAAAAACUCUUUCAAAACAGUUUGGAGUGGUCGAACAACCUGAAAAGAUUAAUUCACCCUGACAAUGCAAUUAAAUAGAGAUAUUGCAGUUGUGCUCAAAAGUUUACAUACCCCUUGCAGAAUCUGCGAAAUGUUAAUUAUUUUAACAAAAUAAGAGGUAUCAUACAAACUUCAUACUAACCAAUGGUACAUAAACUUUUGAAUGGGAUCAUUUUAAUAAAUUCAGCAAUUUUUUGCUUUGUGGACUACAUGUAAAAAAAAACAGCGUAUUCAGGACAGUACUAAAUAAUUUGUAUGAUCCCUCUUAUUUUGUUAAAAUAAUUAACAUUUUGUGGAUUCUGCGAGGGGUAUGUAUACUUUUGAGCAUGACUGUAUCAGGUCAAAUCAGUCAGCAGUCACAUAUUAUAUCAUCCCUGCAUAUGCAUCUCAUACAUUCAAACAAACAAAGUACAAAUGUUUAGAUCUACAAGCAGCGUGGUAUGAAUGUAAAUUGUCAAGAUAUGCGUCAGUGUUAAUUCAAUGUCAUGUUUUAUGGUCCGUUCAUUAUGUGUGUGUGUUUGAGGUGCAUUUAUGUGGACAUACACUGCCAUCUAGUGUACAGACAAUUGUUAUACUGAAUUCCAUACCAUAAUUUGUCAA